AACUUAACGGUGGAGGUGGUCAUUAAGUUGUCAGAAAACAAUAACAUUAUUUUGAUAGUAAAACAUAUUUACAAAGUUUGAAAACAAUGGGCGAAAAGGAAGCGUCAAACGUUCAACAAGAAAUAAACAGGAAUCUUUCUAGUGUUUCUAGUCAGCCUUUUGCAAUGACACCCGAAGAAAUGGAGUUUAACAACCGCAUGGCGAAAACCCGAGGCCUUGGAAAACGAUCAUCUGUUAACAAGAUGGAGCAGCAGAGAAACACGCAAAAUUGGGUCAAUAGGUCCGCCCCGGGGGUCGGGGUGCCGUUGUCGAAAAUAUCUGGACACAGUGGGGCUUCUCUUGGUCAUAAAACGGCUGUUAUCGGCCAAAACUGUGCAAUAAUCGGGCCGAAUAACGGACAAAUAGCGAACAAUUUUGCAACAGUUGGACAAACUAGCAGCAAUCUCCAGGUUUCCGGUUUCGCAGAAAACAUUAAUCAAGCUGUUAUAUCGACAAAUCAGCAGAACAACAGAACCAGUUCGGAAAGUAUUGUCACUAUAAGAGAAAACUUUAAGAACAGCCAAGAAUCUUUUAAAAGACGAAGUUCAGAUAAUGUACUGACAAUAGAGGAGGCAUCUCGCGAUAGAAGCCCAAGUUUUGGUUCGGCAGAAACCAUUAAUGCCCGUAAUACAUCCGUUAACGUUCGGCGAAGUGAAAGUCCCCCAAAACGCCCCAAGAGCGGCAGCGUCAACUCCCUGUGCAGCAAUACGGAAGAAAUUAGACCGAUCUCUCGCUCCAACUCGAUCAUGGACCCUCACACCGCCGCCAUAGACCUUUCCAACAACUGCCGGAAGUUUUAUUUUAAUCACAUUAAGUCAGCGGAAGCGAUCAAGAAGGCGGUUCGCGCAGCGAAGCACAAUCGAGCGCGGGAGAAGAUGGAAGGCCACAAGUGUUCUACGCUCGACACGGCAAUGGACAGACUCCGAGCGGAAAUGGCUGACCUUAUGGAGCAGGACCUGUCACUGAUGUCGCAGAUGCUCAAGCUGAACGACAAGAUCGAGGAUAUUAAGGCACAUGUAUCGUACCGCAACCGCCUGGACGCCUUCGGGAGCUCCAUGAGCACUAGCGAGGUGUCCGACUCAGAGUAUAGCGACACAGAGGAGAGCCGUCUAGAUCUGUACAACGCAUCCACCGGAAGCUACCGCAUGAAGACGCUUAAGUCGCUCAACCACAUAAGCAAUGCGAGUCUCCACCCACCGGAAUUAGGUGAAGGUGACAAGAAGGGGACGGACGGAGUGAUGGAGGAGAGUGGGAAACUGAAGAAAUUGGCGCGCGCCGGAAGUGACAUUAUAGUGUACAGGAAGAAGGUCCGUAAAGGUAAGAAGAGGGAAAGAAAUCGGAGAAACACCGAAGACGAGGAAUCGAACGAAAGUGGGGGCGAGUCAGAAGACAGUAUUUGUCAAUCCUCAGACACUGAAAGCACACUGAGUUGUAACUCCGACUCCACGAAAGCAGCAAAGUCGGAUCAAGAAGAUUCCGACGAAUGUUUCGUCGACGACACCCCAGAUAGCGGAAUACAAAGUCCGAAACCUGAGCAGACGACAGCAGAGCCGCUAAAACCAAGAAAAGGUGGGGUAUCGCAUAACUCGUGCUUUCUGAACUUCCAUAAGUCCAAUGGCGCCCGGAGCGUGAAUCCCCUCUCUAACGACAUGUUGACGCUGCAGGGUCACAAUAUCUCGCUGGAGAAAUAUUACGUCCCCCAGGGUCUCGUGUACCUUAAACACGCCAACGCUGAAAACGUGUUCUGUCAGUUUACUAAAUAGCCUGAGGUAUCAGAAAGGGAUGUCAAACUUUAACGGAGAUGAACUUUAAACAGAAAUAUUCCUGUAGCUAUCAUGCCGCAAUAACGACAGAAGGAAGAGUAUGGCAUCUAUUUAUCAACUUCAAAGCUUUAUAACAUAUUUUAUAGCAAACAUCAACACUAAUGAGUAUUAACAUUUCUUGCUAGGGGUAACAGUUCAGUGGACAAUUCAAUAAAAUAAAAUUACAUUUAAUUGUCACCGACCCCCUUUUUUGGCCGUGACGGCAUGAUUGGCAAUUUGAAACCCAACCGUUAUGUUUUCUUAGUAUGUUGAAACGGAAACAAGCGCACCAUUAACGGAUAACGACGCUGGUCUGUUUCAAAUUCACUUUGUACCAAGGAGCAUAUAAUUCGACAAAUAUUUUAGCAGAGUGAUAGACCGUGGUUUGCUAUGCGCAUAAAUAUUGUCAUUUCGGGGCACGACGCCAACAUAUACGCGACUAUUAUUUAAAGACUUCAUCAGAAUCUGUUCAUUUAAUGUGCCAAGUUUCAUUCAGGAUGCUCUUGAUGUCGUAAACUGUGAGGUAGAUCAAGGCGGUGCAACCCAAAGACGUCCAUUGCCAUUCUUUUCAUUUGUGCAAAAAAACAUAAAUGAGCUACGAAAUUAAUAACGUUAUUUUCUUUAUUUUUAAUAAAAUUUUAACUAAAUAAAUAGAUGUCUUAUAUAGCAAUUUAUCCGUUGCAAAGUAACUUCUAUCAUACAGCUCCUUAGUGGCCUGUUUCGAUAUUUAGCACAUUUCAUGUGUUUCAAUUUGAACUUGGGUCGUUUUAUUUAUGUAAUAAAAGGAAAAUUCUA